ACAGGUCCGGAGAAAAUCGUGGAGCCUCCCUGUCUGGGGUGCAGGUGCAGGAGCUGCGCAGCGGGGAUUGGGACGUGCGUGGCCUGGAGCUUUGCUGAGAGCGGCGUUCUUGUGGCGAGGGCGGAAGCGGGACGCCUCGGCCAUUCUCCGGCCCAGGCGAGACCCCGCAGUGCCCGUGUCCGGCCUGGACCUCGGCCCUGGGAAGCUGAAUCUUCACCAUCCUCCAUGCUCUCCCAAGACCUACAGAAAAUGAACAUAUCUGAGACAUCAGUGUCAUUCAAGGACGUGACUGUGGAGUUUACCCAGGAGGAGUGGCUGCACAUGAGCUCUGCUCAGAGGACCCUGUACAGAGAUGUGAUGCUGGAGAACUACAGCCACCUUGUCUCAUCAGGGUAUUGUUUUACAAAACCAGACGUAAUCAUCAAGUUGGAGCAAGGAAAAGAUCCAUUGUUGUUAGAGGAAGAGUUUCUAAGCAAGAGCCAUGCAGACUACAAACUUGAUAUCCUCUUAGAGAAAAGCCUGGCAAAUCAAGGAAAACAUUUGCAGCAAGACCUUUUUAUUCAACUUCAGAAUACAGACACAGGUGAGAAAACUUUCAGCCAGAAGUCACACUGCAGAGAACAUGAGAGCACUCACUCAGAAAUAAAGUCCUUUGAAAUUGGAAGUAACUUAAACCCUAAUGCAGCCCUUACCAUAUCCCAGAACCUUGACACAAAGAGGAGCUUCUGUCAUGAUACCAUGUUUUGGCAAACCUUAUACUCUCAGACUACCUUUACUGUACAUCAGAGAGCUCAGAUAUUAAGUGUGAAACCCUAUGGAUGUGAAGAAUGUGGAAAGUCCUUCUCUAGGAAGUCAUACCUCAUUGGACAUCAGAGAACUCAUAGUGGGGAGAAACCUUAUGUAUGUAAUGAAUGUGAGAAAACUUUUACCCAUAUGUCAUACCUCAGAGAACAUCAGAGAAGUUGCAUAGGAGAGAAAUCCUAUGAAUGUAUUGAAUGUGGGAAAGUUUAUAGCCAUAAAUCAACCCUAAAAAGACAUCAGAGAACUCACACAGGGGAGAAACCCUAUGAGUGUAGUAAAUGUGGAAAAGCCUUUUAUAGAAAUUCUCACCUCACUGAACAUCAGAAAAGUCACACAGGGGAUAAACGCUAUGAAUGUACUGAAUGUGCGAAAGCUUUUACCCACAUGUCAUACCUCAGAAAACAUCAGAGACGUCACACAGGGGCAAAACGCUAUGAAUGUAGUGAGUGUGGAAAAUCUGUCUGUAGGAAGUCGUACCUCAUUGUGCAUCAGAGAAUUCACACAGGGGAGAAAGCCUAUGAGUGUAAUAAAUGUGGGAAAACUUUUAGACAUAAGUCAUCCCUAAAAAUACAUCAGCGUACUCACACAGGGGAGAAACCCUAUGAGUGUAAUAAAUGUGGAAAAUCCUUCAAUAGAAAAAGUUACCUCACUGAUCAUCAGAGAAGUCACACAGGGGAGAAACCCUAUGAGUGUAGUAAAUGUGGAAAAUCCUUCCACAGAAAGAGUUACCUCACUGAGCAUCACAGAAUUCACACUGGGGAGAAACCCUAUGGGUGUAACAAAUGUGGGAAAUCCUUUUAUAGAAAGUCUUACCUCAUUUUGCAUCAGAGAAGUCACACAGGGGAGAAACCCUAUGAGUGUAACAAAUGUGGAAAAUCCUUCUAUACAAAGUCUUACCUUACUGAGCAUCAGAGAAGUCACACAGGGGAGAAACCCUAUGAGUGUAACAAAUGUGGAAAGUCCUUCUAUAGAAAGACUAACCUCACUGAGCAUCAGAGAAGUCACACAGGGGAGAAACCCUAUGAGUGUAACAAAUGUGGAAAGUCCUUCUAUAGAAAGUCUAACCUUAUUGAGCAUCAGAGAAAUCAUUCAGGGGAGAAACCCUAUGGAUGUAUUCAAUGUGGGAAAGCUUUUAACUGGAAGUCACUACUAAAUAGACAUCAGAGAACUCACACUGGGGAGAAACCCUAUCAAUGCAAUGAAUGUUGGAAAGUUUUCACCUACAAAGUCAACCUCAGGUUACAUCAGAGGGUCCACACACAAGAGAAACCCUAUGAAUGUAAUAUCUGUGGAAUAUCUCUCUCUAGGAAGUUUCACUUUACUCGGCAUCAGAGAAUUCACACAGGACAGAAACCUUAGGAGUGUAGUAAGGGUGGAAAAUCCUUCUGGAGAAAUUCUCAUCUAACUCUGCAUCAUAGAAUUCACUCAGGAGAAACCCCAUGAAUGGGUAGAAUGUGAGAAAUCUUCUAACCAGAUGCCAGUCCUAAACACUUCAGAGAACUUGCACUGGCGAGAAGUCCUACUAUUAAUGAAUGUGGGAAUGUUUACAUCUACAAAGAACCUCAGAGUAUGUCCACACAUGGGAGAAGCCCUAUCAAUGUACUAAACUUUAGAAACUUACAGCAGCAACCCAGGCCUAAGAACACAUCAGAGAAGUAAUAACACAGGGGAGAAAUUCCGUUAACAUGAUGAAUAUGGAAAAGCUUUUAGCCAAAAAUCAAGUCUUAGGAAACAUCAGAUUGAGAAACUCUGAAUGUAAUGGAUAUGGGGAAGCUUUGACUGGAAGCAAAGCAUCAGAGAACUCAGGGGAAGACCAAUGAAUAUAAUCAACGUGGAGAUUUUCUCUACGAGAAAUCAACCAUCAGUCAACAAAACUCACAGAGAAAUUCUUCAUGUUUAUUGUGUAUGGAUAGUGUUUCAGCAAGAUUUCAGCCCUCAUUGGACUCACACAAGAGAUAAAUCCUUGAAAUUAAUCACUUGUGGACAGUCUUUCAGCCAGACUACUCAGUGGGUGUUAGAAAUUUACACAGGAAAAAAAAUCCUGUGAAGGUAAUGGAUGAGGAAAACUGUUCUGCCCCAAGGCAACCUUCAAUUUAAUUGUACUGGAAUCCAACACGAGGGUAGUGGGAAUUAUGCACUUUUUAUGCAAAAGCUAUCAUUAUGUAAACAUGUUAGAGGAUAUAUUUGGAUAGUUAAAAUACUGUAUGUUCCUAUUUUUUCUUCUGGUCAGUGUAUAUAAGGAAGACCAUUGUUACUGAAUUGCCUCUUCAAGAAAAAAGCCAAACAGUGUUUUCUGCAAGACUUUUAUUGUCUCAGGGUUAGCAGUGCAUUUAGUGUGAACAUUAUAUUUGUUAUGCAAAAGUCAUACACACAGUUGUUUGGAGAACAAAUCUCAUUCAAUUGAGGAGUUGCUGUGAACAGUGGUACUCACUAUUUACACUGUAAACAGAAAAAAGAAGUUGUAUUUUCAUUCUCCUUCAGUUCAAAAUAUUUUAAAAUUAGCUGGGACUUUUUUGACCCACAUGUUAUUUAGAAGUGUGUUGUUCAGUCUGCAAAUAUUUUGAUAUGUAUAGCUAUGUUUUAUUAAUGAUUAGCUUCAUUGUCUUGUUGUAUGAGAAACUGCUUUGUAUUAUUUCUUCUCUUAAAUUUGUUGAAUUGUACUUUCUGACCCACACCAUUUCCUAUCUCAAAGUUCCAUCUGAGUUUAAGAUUGUGUACUCUGUUGUUGUAGAAUAAAGUAUUCUAUAAAUGUU